CACGUGUUUCUCUCCCCACUUCUCUCUCGCUCAUCGAUCCGGAUUCGUACCAAGAUCGAGCCAGCUUGCAAGAAACAGAGGACCUGCACACGCCCGCAUCCCCCCACUUAAUUCUUCUUUUUAGUAUAUGAAUUUCUACCCACCGUCUUUUCUGGGCUAAAUACCACUUCUGAAAUUGGAGAAUUUCGGAAUCUCUUCUUUUUAACUGCUUAGUUGGUCCCCCUUGGAGUUGUUGUCCGCUUUGUAGCUGUACCUUACCUUACCUUGUGCUGAAGCCAAGUAAAUCAGCUUCCUUGCUUCCCCUUUUUGUGGUUUGUUCCCGUGAUUUGACCGUAAAGAGUUGGUGGGUUCCAUUCGUUUUCAUCGGUAAUUCUGCCCUCUGUCUGGAGUUCGUUAACUUCGAUACCGACCCAUGUUCUAUGCCCGUCUGGGCGUUCGGACAGCCGGUGGCUCCUGUCCCUCGGUUUCUUGACACGGGUAAUCGAUUGGUUCAUAGCUGUCGAGAUCCGGGUAGAGCCAAUCUUGGAGCUGGGGAGGUGGUGGGUGGACGUGUAGGGUGUGGGGGUGAUUCCCAGGGAGUUACUGCGAGGUGAUUGUGAAUUCUGUUUGAGAUUCAUGUUGCACAAGAAGGCUUGAAAGUUCUUCUGAUUCCGGAUCUAGUUUUUCUGGAGAUGUGAAGAUGGCCACGAGUGAAAGAAUCGCCAAGUACAGGGAUAGGCUUGAUCAGACUCUGGCAUCUCCUGAUCUGACAAAUGCAGAGACGCUUAAAAACCUUGUGAAAGAUCAUCUCGAACGUUCUUCGCUGGAUGAAAAUGAAGGCAGUAACUCUGCAGCAGUGUGUACUGAGGUUUUACUGGAGAGGAGGACUAAGGAAGUCUCUCAUUUUCUGGAUAUGUUGAGAAGUGCUUCUGUUGGUGGUGAAGGAUCAAAAGCCUCUCAAACAUCACAUGCUGAAUGGAAAUUAAAACAAGAUAAUGAGGAGUUCCGAGUUAUGUAUCGAGAAGGACCCGAGGGAACUCCAUACCAUACAUUACUUGUAGAAGGCUAUGUUGAUGGGCCCAUGGAUACUUGUUUAUGUCUUUCAUGGGAGUCAGCCCUGUAUAAGAAGUGGUGGCCCCAGUAUACUAUGCCAGCCUUCAAAAUUACUUCUAGUAAAUGUCUUGAGAAGAUCCGUAUUGGAGAACAGAUAUCAUCAGUGAGGGUGAAGGUGACAUGGCCGCUGUCAGCUAGGGAGGCUAUUGUGCACUUCUUUGAGUUUGAGUACUUCCAAGAUGAUCUGAUCAUUGUACUCUUGAACUCGAUAUCUGAAACAGAGAAAAUCGACAAAAGUAUUCAUGGGUACACUGGAGACAUGAUACCCGAGACAAAAGAUGUGAUAAGGAUUGGUGUGGUUGGAGGAUUUGCUUUACAAAAGGUGACUUCUGAAAGAAGUUAUUUUCGUACGAUUGCAAACGUGGACUUAAAGCUGGAUUUUGUUCCUCCAUCCCUCAUAAACUUUAUAGCAAGGCAGCUCAUUGGGAGUGGAUUUAGACUCUAUCAGAAGGCAGUUGCUUCUGUAUUCAAGUCGGAUGAGGAUUUUAAGCAGGCUUUGAACAACCCUCUGUAUGAUCGAGUACGCAAAGCUUUUUAUGGUAUGAAUCAACAAAAUGGGGGUCUGGAAUACAACAAGCUGGAAGACAAGGCAGAAGUUCUCAUCCACAAAGAUAUUGUGGAUAUUGCGGAAGAUGACAUAAAUAAUGUAAAUCAAGAUAUUCCAAUCAAUCAGAAUGCAGUGGAAAUUCAGCCAAAUGAUGAACUGCCUCAAUAUAGCAGCUACUGUGGAGAAAUCGAAGAGGUGAAGAGUGAGGUUAGCAUCGAGGUGGGUAAUGAUCUUAUCAUUAACCCUUCAGAUGGUGAUGUGCGGGAGAUGUCUUGCCUAGAUCGCAAAAGAAAAGUUCAUAUCCGUCCUGAGGUGGAACAAGCUCUUGGAACGCUGGAAAAAGCGAUAUCUAUAGUUCGACAACAUGGGUUGAAUGCACAUGACUGUUCCCCAUCUUCUUUCUCUGAAGAAGAGCCACAAGAUCUUGAAAUGGAUGCAGUUGGGGUUUUAAUCUCAGAAAAUGCUGGAUGCAUUUCAAAAAAUGACAUUGACGCUGAAGAAUCAGAGAGAGAAACCAUAAAGAAAUCUACAGAAGAACCAAGACUAAGCUCUGGCACUCACAGUUUGAGGGAUAGGAAGUCCAAUUCCAGCGCCACAAGGGAAGUAAGCCACAGCAAGGUAGUACCAGCUUCACCGGAAGAGAGACUCUUGGCUCCUCAACAGAUCGACCAGGUUGUUGCUUCGUAUUCUCUCGAGAAUGCGAAGACAGAGGCGCCAUUUUCGAACUCGACCACUAAUGACAGCAACGAGAUGACCAUAGGGGCAGAGAAGGCCAAAAAAACCGGCAUAGAUACAGAGAAUCCGCCGAGACGACGGAGGAGAAGAUACGGAUUAUGUUGUUUCCACCCACUUCGUGGACAUUGAUGGGGAUCGUAGGCACGACGGAACGGUUGUUGCAUUCCGCUCCGACGCUUCUCUGCAUCAAAAGUUCACGAACUGCUUGCUUGGUCGGCGGGUGGCGGCAUUAAGAGCAGAGUUGCAUUCACUUUCUUGCUAGGCGUCUUCGCCUUUUCUUUUCGCUUUCCCCUCUUCAUCUUUUUUGAGGAAGAUGAGAGUGACAAACUUUUCACUUACUUGGGGGCAACUACAACCAUAUGUACCGUGAUGGGAAACUUUGACGGAGCUAUAUGUUUGGCACUUUGGCUGUUUUUCAUGGUGUAUACGAGACAACAGCAUUGGGAGAGUUUCUCGCCCGGCUUUCUGAGUAAUGCAAUUCCGGAUUUCAGCUUCA